AUGGAGGAUCAGCGUCCCUUUGAUCCAGGGGCCCCUGGUGCUUAUAUCGACCUGACGGCGGAAGAUGAUGAGUCAGAUGUGCCCCUUCUCCAGCCCAUGAACAAUGGAUCCCGCAACGGUGACGAAUUCAGAGUACCGGAUGCCACUCGGUCUCGUGCGUCGACGUUUCCCUACCCAGGCAACCAAGGAUUCGCAUACCGUCAGGACGCCCAACCUUUGUGGGGCUCUCCAGUGCAGGUCAUUAGCACUCCCUCGCUAUUGCCGUAUAGCCUUCAGGCGGGACCAUACUAUCAGCAACCAUACAACCUUACCACCGAACCGCCGUACAGUGGUCAGGUCCCUCGGUGGGUCGUAAGUCCACAUCAUCUCGUGACAACAGGCAAUCAAAACAUUAUUUCUGCAGCUGCUCAUCCGUACUGGAACCCAGGUCUCGGCCAUGGUCCUUUCGACUUGCAAGCUAGGUGGCAAGGACGGCCACCAAUUCGCAAAGACUUCAGUCCUCGGCGUCCAGCAUUGUGCAAGACAACUCUGCAAGGACAGACUCGCAUUUCACCAAUCAAGAAGAGGCAGGAGAACUUACCGCCAACUCCAACCAAGAGCGUUGCACCGUCAAAAGCACCCACCAACGCGCCACUGCAGCAGAAUGGGUUGUUAUCAUCUACGCCUCAAGCGCUUGAGGUCCGCUCUGCUGGAAACAGCUUGCCGCAACCUCUGUCGCGGCCUCGAACUUUAUCUGAAGGACAGACAACGUCGUCGAACGUGGUAUGCAUGCAGUCGCCGCGAAAUGAUCAGGGCGGAACUUCGCAAGGAAAGCUGAUUGUGAAUUUGACCAACUCGAAUAUCGUGAUCAACGUCUCUGCCCGUCAAGUGUUCGAUGAAGAGCAGUGCGACAAGAUACUGUGGCUGGCCCUCCAUGGUGUUCCAAGCCGAGCCAUUAGCUGGCUGAUUGAUAUCCGAACACCUGCACAUACGAGCAGGCCGACGCUUGUGGCUGGCAUUGAUAAGUUGAUAAAGCACUUCAUCCCCGAGCUCGCGACGGGUCAGGGUCACGUUGAGGAGCCGGACGCGCUGGUUGAUCGUCUUCUGCGACGAGGAGAUGAAUUAGACUGGAGCGGGCCAUACCUGCUUCGGCGAGUCAUCGACUUCACAUCCAUUCCUGAGGAGGAUAUUGAUCGCGCAAGGAAGGAGCGUCAAAAGAACGCCAGAGAGCGCCGGGCGCACCAGAAAUGGCGAAUCCAGCAUGACGAGGAUCCAGCAGAGGGCGCAGUCCAGCAGAGGAAUCAAAAGGUAGCGUUGGCGUUGCGAGGUCUGGCCCGGUAUGCAGAUGAGACGGAGGCGGCCAUGGAGAAAUUCGGAUAUCGCGAAGGUAGCCAUGAAGCUGAGAGGCCACUUAUGAAAAAAUGGCUGCUCAAGAUCCGUGAACUUGGCAAGCUGCCCGAUUACCUGGUUGAGCAUGGGAUCGUGGCGAAUGAUGACCAGUUGGCUGCUGAAAAUGUUCUAAGCGCUCCAGGAACGAUGACAGCCUGA